GUACCGGUCACGUUCGAUGACAUUUCUGUGUACUUCAACGAGCAGGAGUGGGAGAGACUGGACCGCUGGCAGAAGGAUCUGUACAGGGCUGUGAUGAGGGGGAACUACGAGACGCUGAUCUCCCUGGACUAUGCUGUGUCCAAGCCUGACAUCCUGUCCCGGAUCGAGAGGGAUGAAGAGCUCUGCGUCAAAGUCGGUCAGGAGUCCCCGCAGACACACAUCGAAGACGGCCAGGAGGCCCCACGGGCAUGUACCAGAGAAGGUCAGGAGCCCCCACAGAUACCAGAAGAGACGGACCAGAUGGGAGAGGCUUUGGGAGAAGAUGAAGUCCCUGUGGAAGCUGACACAGGAAUCCUUCUUCACCUGAUUGCAUGCAUGAGCCUUAGGGCUUCCAAAAACACUUCUGCUUGCCUUGGUGAGAGCGGAGACGUGGUGGGAGGUGAGGAAUCUGGGAACCUGCAGUGGGAGGAGGAGGCUGAAGCAGCUCUGCUAGUGCUGGGGGGAGUAGAAGCGGUCAGGAUCGCCUUGGGGCAUGGCAUGGGAGAGCUGGAAAAAUCAAUUGUUACGAGUGCGAAGGCUGGGCGAGAAAGGAGGAGCAUCACCAGGGAAAAGCAGAAGCCUUGGGGUGUGCGCAAGCAGCAGCCUGCUGAUGGGCAAAUGGCUACGUGCCGGAGCCACGCCAAAGAGGGGCCCUACGAAUGCACGAUGUGCGAGAUCAGCUUUGCGGACAAACGCCACUUGGACCUUCACCAGAGCAUCCACAUAAAAGACAGGGCCUUUGGGGCCAAGGUCUGGGGGAACGUCCACCCAGAACUGAGGAUCCGGCCGAGGAGGAAGUUCUGCGGGACUCUCUGCGGAAAUGCCGACAGUGUGGGCAACGGGACGAAUGCUGGGGGGCCCUGGCUGGGCCAGGCCAAGGAGGAGCCGGACAGAGGGAGCCCGUCCAGCGCCU